AUACUGCCCGAGCCCGGGCGGGGUCUCUGUUCUCUGGCAGAGGAGGUCCCUUGGCAGCGGGAAGCUCCCUCUCUUUCUCUCGCCGCCGCUCCGAGUCUGCGCCCUGGUGCCAGGCGCCCAGCUCGGCGCUCCCCAGUGCUCGCCCGGCGCCCACUCAUUCGCAGCCCAGCCUUCGCCGCCGCCGCCGCCGCCUCCCUGCUCCUCCUCCUUUCCCCAGCCCGCCGCGGCCAUGGCGGACAGCGCCAGCGAGAGCGACACGGACGGAGCAGGGGGCAACAGCAGCAGCUCGGCCGCCAUGCAGUCGUCCUGCUCGUCGACCUCGGGCGGCAGUGGUGGCGGCGGAGGAGGCGGUGGCGGUGGGAAGUCGGGGGGCAUUGUCAUCUCACCGUUCCGCCUGGAGGAGCUCACCAACCGCCUGGCCUCGCUGCAGCAGGAGAAUAAGGUGCUGAAGAUCGAGCUGGAAACCUACAAACUCAAGUGCAAGGCUCUGCAGGAGGAGAACCGAGACCUGCGCAAAGCCAGCGUGACCAUCCAAGCCAGGGCUGAGCAGGAAGAAGAAUUCAUCAGUAACACUUUAUUCAAGAAAAUCCAGGCUUUGCAGAAGGAAAAAGAAACCCUUGCCGUAAAUUAUGAGAAGGAAGAGGAGUUCCUCACUAAUGAGCUCUCCAGAAAGUUGAUGCAGUUGCAGCAUGAGAAAGCUGAACUAGAACAGCAUCUUGAACAGGAGCAGGAAUUUCAGGUCAACAAACUGAUGAAGAAAAUUAAGAAACUGGAGAAUGAUACCAUUUCUAAGCAACUUACAUUAGAACAGUUGAGACGAGAAAAGAUUGACCUUGAAAAUACAUUGGAACAAGAACAAGAAGCACUAGUUAAUCGUCUCUGGAAAAGAAUGGAUAAACUUGAAGCUGAAAAGCGAAUCCUGCAGGAGAAAUUAGACCAGCCCGUCUCUGCUCCACCAUCGCCCAGGGAUAUCUCCAUGGAGAUUGAUUCUCCAGAAAACAUGAUGCGCCACAUCAGAUUUUUAAAGAACGAAGUGGAGCGGCUGAAGAAGCAACUGAGAGCUGCUCAGCUACAGCAUUCAGAGAAAAUGGCACAGUAUCUGGAGGAGGAACGUCACAUGAGGGAAGAGAACUUGAGGCUGCAGAGGAAGCUGCAGAGGGAGAUGGAGAGAAGAGAAGCCCUCUGUCGACAGCUCUCCGAGAGCGAGUCCAGCCUGGAAAUGGAUGACGAAAGGUAUUUUAAUGAGAUGUCUGCACAAGGAUUAAGACCUCGCACUGUGUCCAGCCCAAUCCCUUACACACCUUCUCCAAGUUCAAGCAGGCCUAUAUCACCCGGUCUAUCAUAUGCAAGUCACACGGUUGGUUUCACACCACCAACUUCACUGACCAGAGCCGGAAUGUCUUACUACAAUUCCCCCGGUCUUCAUGUGCAGCACAUGGGAACGUCCCAUGGUAUCACAAGGCCUUCACCCCGGAGAAGCAACAGCCCUGACAAAUUCAAGCGGCCCACGCCGCCUCCGUCUCCCAACACACAGACCCCAGUCCAGCCGCCUCCACCUCCACCCCCGCCACUCAUGCAGCCCGCGGUCCCCUCGGCAGCCACCUCGCAGCCCAGCCCUUCGCAACAUUCGGUGCACCCCUCCUCCCAGCCUUAAUGCAUGUGCUUAGUCUGAAUUUCAAGUUGGGACUCGUCCAAUGGAGCCGUCUACUCAACGCCAAAGGCUUCCUUCCCUGGCAUAUUUGGAUCUGACUUAUUUGCACUGAGGUUAUCUAGGCUUCACUCUUCAUUGUGUUGUAAAUGUUCGUCAGAAACAGCAGCCAGUGUUGUGGGGCUACAACACUAAGCAGACGACUUCUCCAUCAGUGUUUUACUUGAAUCUUCUUCAUGUACGUCCAUUCCCUGGCUGGAACAUUUGCUAUUUGGUAUUUGAUAAUUCAGCAGCAGUGUGCAGUUUUGCUUGGCCCCAGAGCUUCAUUUUCCUGGCUUCUAGGUUUGUAAAAGCAAAAGGGAUAUCGUUCUUAACAUUUUUCCCCCAUGAAUUUGCAGCAGAUUACCAAGCUGUUCUUAUCUGCCUUCUCCCAUUCUAAUGGCGUUUACCAAACACAACAGUAAUUCAGCACUACAGUUCAGACCUUUGAAAAUCUAGCUUUCAGUAUAGAAUGGAAAGUUAGAUGAAUCAGUGCCCAAGACACAUGUUCUGUUUAACAGAGCUGUCUGCAGAUACACUUUCCACAGGUUACCUCUAGUGUACAUCAACAUUCAAGUCUUGUAAAACAGGUGGCGGAAGUAAUGAAUCACAUAGAUGUACCUCUCCACAUACACGAGAUGGAUGAUUUGUGUCUAUCAAGAUGUGAUUCCUUUAUCCUUAGGUUAAUAUGCCUGACCUGGCCCCCUCUGACAUGAGUUGAUAAAUGUUGUCUGACCCAUCAGUGGUUUCCGUGGCUGACUCGAAUGUGCUAUUUGUGCUGCAGAAGGCAGUAUGAUUGUAACAAAAACAACACGACAUUUCCCCUUCCAGUCUUCAUUUGUGUUCUCCUAAAGUCGAGUUCGAGCAAAUAUUUUAAAGGUGCAAAAUGCUAUUAGAAAAUGCUAUUUGAAAUGAACAUUAUAGGGAUCAUCCUGGUGUGACGGCUAGAAAUUACCGUGUUGCUUGGCAGAAAAGAGGCUCUAGAGGAAAGUAGCACAUUAGCAUUGGCGACUGCUGCUUUUGCCCACUAUAAGCAAGUGCAGUGUACAAAGAAGUAUAUUCUGGAUGCGUUAUUUCCAUUCAUUUAGCACAAAUAAAUACUUUGGUUUCACUUUGCAGUGGAACACUGAGUCACUCUUUUCUUAAUACUCGCAACACCUCAGUUUUUGUUUUUCAGCAGUUACUGUUUUGUACUUUGGUAGUAAAGUGAUUUUUACCACCUGUGUUUUGCAUAUUUAUAUAUGCUGUGGAUGAAAAUAACUUACUAGAGAAUGUAUAUUUUAUGAUGAGAAUGUGUAUCUGUUGGAUAUAAUCAGAGAACUGAAAAUUUAUCAGUAAUUUUUAAGAGUCCAUGUUUUGUGACAACCACCUCUAAUAGCUAACUCUUUAUUGAACACACUCCUAAAAAUAAGGAACCGUGACAUUGUAGAUAAUUUAAUAUUGUACAGUAUAGGAACCUCCAUUUUUGCCUUCAAAUGCAUAUUUAAGAGUUAACAGAAUGAGACAAGUCUUGUUGGGUAAUAGUGUUUGACUAGCAUUUUAAGAACUUGAGAGUAAAAGCAACAGUUAGGAUUUUUUCACCUCUUCCUGCUUCCACCCCAAACUGAGAACAUCACUCCUCAAUUAUUUGGAAGAAAUUGUAGGUCUGUGUAAAUUUUAUUUAUAAUGUCUGUGUAAUAUACAUAAUCCUAGUACAGUUCUCAAAUGUGGGGAAAAUGUUUGGCAUUUAGUACGAUCAGACUGUGCCAGGUCAAACCUGGGAUUUUACCAAUAGCUCACUGAUCCUCCUGGUACAUUUCCAUUCCUAGGAAUUCUCAGAGUAGGCAAACAGAUUUUGCCUUUAUGGUACAGUUUUUUUGUUUUUCUUAUAGGAGAAGUAUGGUGUGUGUUUACAUUAGAUUUCAAUGGUAUGGAUAGAAUCUUGCACUCAAAUAAGAAAAGUCCAUGACAUAAUGAUCUUCUUCAGCUCCCUAUCGAUUUAGUUACCUCUCGAAAGCACAAAAAUUAAAACAUUGCCAUAUGGUGAAUAUUACAAAAGCACUCAGUAAGCAAACAGUUCCUGACAAAUGCCUUUUAGAGACAGGUUCUUGACAUUCAGACUUCUGCAGAUACGUACUGCUGGUUCCCCUAUGCUCAUUUCACUUCAAAAUAAAACCCCACUCCUCCAGACAGCACUUUUCAGCAUAAGUGUAGUUGCUUCUCCCUGUAGACGUUUAGAACGGAUAGAACAAACACUACUCUUUUGAAUUUAUGAUGUUGCUUAUCCCUUUAAAGUGUUUGACCACCCCAUGUGAAGCCUCUAACACUUGGGGCAGUACCUGCUAGGACAAUUUCUUAGCCAUUAUUUAGCCACCAGGGACCCAUAAGAUUCACAUCCUGAGCCCUCACCUGUUGGAAGCUGACUUCCCUCACUUGGACAUGUCUCCUGGGGGCUGGAUAUGGUUAUUGCCUUUCUGUUGCCCACUUGCCCAGGUGAACCCUGGACUGCUCCCGGAAGGCCUUUGUAAAAUCAGUAGCCAUCUUGUAGGCAGGUGGGAGCAACAGUGGCUACAGUAGCUUCCUCUUCCUGUCUGACAGACAGAGACCCUUGGCUACCACUGUGCUGCUAUUAGAAUAAGUACUCUGUUGCCAGAUUACCAUGCCUUUUAUAAAAAACCAAAUUAACUUACCUAAUACCUGACACCUCUCCGGGCUCCGAAUUGCUAUCUCUCAUCAAACAUGCUGGCAUUCUAGACAGAAUUCUAGAAAUUUGUCAUGUGUAUGGAAGUGUUUAAGAUUUCAUUUAAUGUACUCCUUCGUUGAUUGAAAGGAAUUUAAAUUCUGAGCUCCUGAGAUACUGACUAGCAACCAUGGAAUGAAUGUGACCAGAAUGUGGCUUUGACACCAAGUGCUGCUGUCCCUCUGUAAUUAAUUGGCUUCUGAUGGAUUCAACCAGAAAUAAUUGAUAAUGUGAAUUUUUGUUAAUUGUUCCAUUGUAGGAAAAUAGGACGUGUAUCACCUCUUGUUAGGUGGACAUGAACUUUUCCUGCACAAAGCCUUGCUUGUAGAGGAUGCCCUAUAAGGCAAGAAAAAAGCAUAGUAACUUGUGCUUUCAGAACUCAGUAUCUGCAUUUUAUCAGUACAGAAAUAUUUCUGUAGCCUGACCUUUUGUCUAGUUCUUGUCUUAUAGGUAACUAACACUGAACGCUUUGUAGUGAUGACUACCAAAGAAAUAUAUAGUACAACAAAACAUCCUUUUAUUUCCAAAUUGUUAAAGAGCCAGCCAUUGAUGCUGCUACAUGACUUCCAUGCUCAAGAGCCAUUGCAAGAGAUUAAGGGGUUUUUAGGUUUUGGGUGGGGUUUUUUUUUUCUUAGCUUUUUUUCCUCUUUAAUUUUUUUUUUUUAUAAAACAUACACACAGCUGUUAGCAUAAAGUUAUAGGGAGCAUUUUCUAGAAUGCUCAGCAGUUGUGAUUAACUGCCAAGGCCAGGUAGCCUCUUUUUGGGCAAUCGAAGGAACCCUGUGUUCAUGAUAGUGUGGGUGCUGUGUGUGUGUGUGUGUGCACGUGUGCGUGUGUGCAUUCAUGCCUUAACUCGGGUUACUGCUCAACUUCACUUCUUGACUUAGUCUGCACUGUCAUCUAGAUUGUAUUCUACAUCUCGGUCUGAACUUCAUCCUGGCAGAAAACAAAGUUGCAGGCACAACAGUUUAAGAAUGCAUUCCUCCAGAAGACUGUUUGGUCAGGUUGACCGUGAGCCUUCUUUGGACUUCAUUUGGAACUUAGCCUGGAAAGCAAAAGUGGACUGUCCAACAAAAGGAUGUCAACAAGGAAAAGAGAGCCAAGUGCUAGCAUGCCUUUUGCCUCUGCAUAUCCGUGCACACUGUAUGUUGUCCAUGAUAGCUUGUCUACAGCUUGACUAGGUUGGAGUUCUGGUAAUAGUGGCAAUUUUGACAUUCUUGGUCAGAGUUUAGAGAGAUGUAAGACUUCCAAUUAAUGUCUUAUUUACUCCUUUAUUGUUGAUUAGUCUUUGAUACAUGUGCUGAAUCAGAAACCUAAAUAAAGAUAAUUUUUUAAAAUGUA